UUUUGUUAUCGCUUGCUGCAGCUCUUUCUUAAAAUUUUCUCGUUGGCGUUCCGUUCCUCGUAGUCUUCGUUUUGGCCUCGCUGCGUCGACCUGCUGGCCCCCGGGCCCUGUCGUCUGUUCACUUUGCAACCAGCAAAAAAUAAAGGUUAUCGUUGAAACUACAUAUUCCCAGCAAUUGGCCAUAGCGAAGUGGAGCUGCCUAAAAAUAGCUAAUCACAGACAGACAUUGAACAGUCCCGUCCCAGUGAAUCGUCGUGCCUCACAUGUUGUCGGUGUAUGUGUGUGCGUUUGCCUGCGAGUGAAGUGGAAAUCUGUUUAAAAAUAAAACAACGCCGAGACGGAAAAACAGUGCCAAGUGACAUCCAUCAGCAUCAACAGCAUAACAAAGCCCCCAACUGCCUCUCCAGUGGACGCAAUCGUCAGUAACAGCGCCGCGCCGAAAGGAUAGCCAAGGAUAGUGGUAGUGCUUCGUAGGCCGUUGAGUAGCAUGCUAGCUGCAGUUAUGGCAUCGGACAUCAAUUGGGAUCCAGCUUUGUCUAAAUUGUUUACCACGCUCAAGGAGUCAGAGAACCUCUCCAAUGACCAGGAGAUUGAUUUUCUGAAAGCCCUGCUCGAAUCCAAGGAGCUGAAUGCUCUGGUCAAUGUGCACACAAAGGUGGCCAAAGUGGGCCGGGAUGAUCGCCUGGCCCCAGUGCUCUCCACCUCUGCCCAGGUGCUGUACGAGGUGCUGGAGCAACUAUCGCAGCGCUGCCAUCUGAGCGAUGACUGCAAGGAGGCCUUCCACCUGCUGCAGGAUGCCCAUGUGCAGCAUUUACUGUUUGCACACGAUGCCAUCGCCCAAAAGGACUUUUAUCCGCAUCUGCCCGAGGCGCCCUUCGAGAUGGACGAGGACGAGGAGACCAUUAAGAUCGUGCAGUUGGUGAAGAGCAACGAGCCCCUGACAGGAGCACAGAGUGCGGAGCCAAUUGUUGGGGCCACCAUUAAGACGGACGAGGAGACCGGCAAAAUAAUCAUAGCUCGAAUCAUGCACGGCGGCGCUGCCGAUCGCUCUGGUCUGAUACACGUCGGCGACGAGGUCAUCGAGGUCAACAGCAUUAAUGUGGAGGGCAAGACACCCGGCGAUGUGCUCACCAUACUGCAAAACUCGGAGGGCACCAUCACCUUUAAGCUGGUGCCCGCUGACGCCAAAGGCGCCCAGCGCGAGUCCAAGGUGCGGGUGAGGGCCCAUUUCGACUACAAUCCCGAUGUGGAUCCGUACAUACCGUGCAAGGAGGCGGGCCUGGCCUUCCAGCGCGGCGAUGUCCUCCAUAUUGUGGCCCAGGAUGAUGCCUACUGGUGGCAGGCACGCAGGGAGCACGAGCGCUCCGCCCGCGCUGGCCUCAUCCCGAGUCGCGCCCUGCAGGAGCGUCGCAUCAUCCACGAGCGUACGCAGCGGGAUGGCAAUGAUCUGGACUCCAAGCCCGGUUCAUGCGCAUCACUCUGCAACACCACCCCACCCGGCUCCCCCCGACUGCACACGAGCAGCAGCAGCUCGUCGUGCCGCCAGCCCAAGACUAAAAAGAUCAUGUACGACUUGACAGAGAACGACGACUUUGAUCGCGAGCAGAUCGCAACCUACGAGGAGGUGGCCAAGCUCUAUCCCCGGCCUGGCAUCUUCAGGCCAGUGGUGCUCAUCGGUGCCCCUGGUGUGGGUCGGAAUGAGCUGCGCCGCCGUUUGAUAGCCCGUGAUCCCGAGAAGUUCCGUAGCCCAGUACCAUACACCACGCGACCCAUGCGCACGGGCGAGGUGGCUGGACGUGAGUACAUCUUUGUCGCGCGCGAAAAAAUGGAUGCGGAUAUUGAGGCCGGCAAGUUUGUGGAACACGGCGAAUACAAGGGCCAUCUGUACGGCACCUCGGCGGAGAGCGUUAAGUCGAUCGUGAAUGCUGGCUGCGUCUGUGUGCUGAGUCCCCAUUACCAGGCUAUCAAGACGCUGCGCACGGCCCAGCUGAAACCGUUCCUCAUACACAUUAAGCCGCCAGAGCUUGAUGAGCUCAAAUCUACGCGCACCGAGGCGCGGGCCAAGUCCACGUUCGAUGAGGCGAACGCCAGGAGCUUCACGGACGAGGAGUUCGACGAUAUGGUAAAGUCGGCCGAACGCAUCGACUUCCUUUACGGCCACUUCUUUGACGUGGAGAUCGUCAACGGCGAACUGAUCAACGCCUUCGAACAGCUGGUCCACAACGUGCAGCGGCUGGAGAAUGAGCCGCUCUGGGCACCCUCAAUCUGGGUGCAGUAGAAAGCCAAGAAAACCAAUCCGUAGCUGCCCAUCUAUAGGUGCAUUUCAUGCAAUUUGUUAAACCAAACACCAAAAUUUUUUUUGCCAUACGAAUUUAGCGAUGUGCUAAGAUAGAAGAAAUGUAGUUGAAUAGUUGAGGAACGAAUAGGAACUAUAGAGAGACACUAUGACACCCGUAGGCGGUCCUGCUGCUGGGCUGGUACACUCCCGUCCAGCUUUAGUCCUUUCACGACAAGUACCUUUUUGCGUAACAGUGAAAACAAUGAAAUGAAAACAAUAAACAAUUGAAAGAACUUAGAAACCAGCAUCUAUAGAACGGAUUAACAAUUACACUUACCAUUACAAUUACAAUUAAAUUAUGUGAAAUUGUUGUACAAAAUUGAUUAUUUGUGUUCAAAUCGAAUAACUUAAAAAAUUAAUGUAUUUAUUACACGUUGUUAAAAUCAAAAGAGUUAAUCCCUACGACACAUACCCCUAUAACUGUAACUUUACCUCUAACGCUAACUGUAUUGUAUCUCAAUUGUAUAUACACUCUCACUAUCUGGGGCAUAUUGGAUACAGUAUGGAUCUACGUUCUAUAUGUGACAUUUCUCUCAUUUCUAAACUGAUUUCAUCUAACGAGGAGCUAUUGUGCGGCGAUUCAUUGUUAAAAACAAGUGAGAAAUUAAUAAAAACCUAUUUUAAAA